AUGUGUAAUAUAUAUCGUCUAUACGUCUAUGGACUAUUAUUAUACAUUUGUUUUGGUUUCUUUGGCCGAGUUUUGGCCUUUUUGAGCGGCCAUUUGCCCAGGACUGCCUUUCCCCUCCGGAGGCCUCUGGACGGUUGCGGCAAAAGUGCCUCUAGACGCUCAAGGGUCGCUUCAUUAUCGCUAAAGGGGGACUAUGGAUCAAAUAUAAUCGCAAAACGAGUUGCACACUGGGAGAAUGGCGCCGCAAAGGCCUGGAAUCCGCCGGGACUCCGAGAUUCCAGGCUUUACUCGAUGCUCGAUGAGUACAAGAGGGACAAUGUAGUUGAAAUCGAUAAAAGAAGGGCUGAAAUGUCCAUAGCCGGAAGGGUAAAGAAGAUUUUUGAGGAAUUGACGGAGUACGUCGAGAGCCUCCUUAGACUGGAAACUCAUGCGCCGCCAAUCGUCUGUCUUGUGGCAUCAUGCGCAUACCUCGUGCCUUAUUUUGAUGUUACUCAGGUAAGUAAGUGGUCAGAGUACCGUAAGGAGUCUGGAGCGACAAAUGGGAGCUGGGCAUGUCAUUCACUCUUGUCUGUACUGGCGACUUUCUGCAGAUAG